CAAAGCUCUCCCUGGCGAAGGUCUUUGUUGAGGACCAGCGAUAGAAAAGGAUUGGACUGUUAGCUGUAAUGUUUUUUUAUUGGAAAUACUGGAAACAUUGACACAGGCAGUUGUCAAUGAUUGUGUAUUGUCAUUUUGUUAAUACUUAAUUUAUUUCGUUUAUUGCGACUGAGCGAAGCUGGCUUUCCUCUGUAUACAAACAAACCUAAGGCUAACAAUUUAAGGUGGCACAACAAAGAUUUUUUGACACUAAUUUUCUGAAUAUAAUAGGGUCGACGCUGUAGUAAAUAAUGGGAAUAAUGAAUUGCUGAAAGGAGCUGGACUCCUUUAUAUUUCAUUUGCUAACAUGAGAGAAGAAAGUCAUUCUUUCACGGGAAAGAAGCCGAUGGCAAGCGAAAGAAGGGGUCAACUUUCCUGCUGUCUCGUCUAUACGGAGGAGAAAGUGACAGCGAAGAGGAGCGACCUGCGACAAUACGGCCCUUUUCAUUUGAUCUCGAAGUAAAAUUUUGUCUGGAGACAUGGAGACUGUGGGGAAAUUUGAGUUCAGCAGAAAGGACUUGAUAGGGCAUGGCGCUUUUGCAGUGGUGUUCAAAGGCAGACACAGAGAGAAACAUGACUGGGAGGUGGCAGUGAAAUGCAUUAACAAGAAGAACCUGGCCAAAUCUCAGACCCUUUUAGGAAAAGAGAUCAAAAUACUAAAGGAAUUAAAACAUGAGAACAUCGUUGCAUUACAUGACUUUCAGGAAACAGCCGGUUCUGUGUACCUGGUCAUGGAGUACUGCAAUGGGGGUGACCUGGCAGACUAUCUCCACUCUAAGGGAACCCUUAGCGAGGAUACCAUCCGGGUGUUUCUGCAGCAGAUAGCAGGGGCCAUGAGGGUGCUGCAGGCCAAGGGGAUCAUCCACCGUGACCUCAAACCCCAGAACAUACUGCUCUCCUACCCUGCGGGACGCAAGUCACACUCCACCAACACCUGCAUCAAAAUAGCUGACUUUGGGUUUGCGAGGUACCUCCAGAACAACAUGAUGGCUGCCACAUUAUGUGGGUCCCCUAUGUACAUGGCUCCAGAAGUCAUCAUGUCUCAGACCUACGACGCCAAGGCUGACCUGUGGAGCAUAGGAACCAUCGUGUUCCAGUGUCUGACCGGGAAGGCCCCUUUUCAGGCCAGCAGUCCUCAGGACCUUCGCUUGUUUUAUGAGAAAAACAAGAACCUCAGCCCUAACAUCCCCAGAGAGUCCUCAUGCCACCUGAGGCAACUGUUGCAGGGUCUCCUCCAGCGCAACCACAAGGACCGCAUGGACUUUGACGAGUUUUUUCAUCACCCUUUCCUGGAAGCUAGCUCAUCGAUGAAGAAGACGACUCCAGUCGUUACCAUGACUGGCUUUCCAAGCUCAGCAUCAGCUAGUUCUUGUAGCAGCUCCUCCACCUCGCACCUGGCUUCACCUCCGCAGUCCCUGGCUGAGGUCCAGCAACACCGUGCCAAGCCCCUGGCCUCCCCUACCCAGGAUGCACCAGGCUUCCUUCUCAAGGACUCGUCUGGGGGGGGCGGCAGCAGCAAGAACUCGUCCUGUGACACAGACGACUUCGUCAUGGUUCCCGUUCACUUUCCCACAGGAGAGCUGACAUGUGAGGAGCCUUCUGGGAAAAUGCUGCAGGACAGCCUGAUGACCAGCAGCUCUCUUCUGGCCUCUUGUGGACUGGGUAGCCAAGGCAAGACCCCACCACAGUCUCCCUCCAACAGUGGGUCCCCCUGCCCUGUCAGGCCGAGCGAGUUCUCGGCGAGCAACUGUGGUAACUAUGGAAACUAUCGCCAGUCGGUGCCCAUUCCGGUUCCCACUCAGGUCCACAACUACCAACGUAUGGAACAGAACCUACACUCCCCAAGCCAGGAUAGUUCACCCAGGACCGGCCCAUCUCCAGCUUACUCAGCGGGCCACGGGGCAGCAGCGACCCCCCGCAGACUCUCAGCAGGCGGGGCCCGGCCCUUCCAGCUCUCCCCUCAAGUUGGCACCAUCCCUGAGCUGCCUGGGCAGGUGUGCAAGCCAGGCUCAGAGAGGGGCAGCGGGGGGUCGCAUGGCAGAGCUCCCCUAUUCCCUGACCCCCGGACGCCCCCACAGCGGCAGCCAGGCCUGGGCACCCGGCUCCACAGUGCCCCCUGUCUCCUGGAGUGUGCCCGUGGCAGCAGGCAGAAGAUCAAGAAGCAGCACUCGGACCCAGUGGGGGUCACCCAAGCAGGCAUGAUGGCGAUCCGACCCCUGCACUCCUCUCCCCGGCUGAGCGAGCUCAUGCAGCGGAGCCCCCUCCCCACCAUCCUGGGCUCCCCCUCCAGGACUAUCCCUCCGUUCGAGUUUCCCAAGCCCCCCAGUUCCCCCAACCUGGUGACCUUCCUGGCCCAGCAGGGUCUGGUCCUUGGAGCCCCUGGCGGCAGGCCUUUCUCUGACCGGAGAGAGCCCGCUCUUCCCCCUGGUGGCCAGGCCGCUCAGUACAUACCCAUGGUGGAGGAUGGCAAGGGCUUUUGCAGGUCCCAGAGUGCCGGCCGUCUGUCUGACAUGCUGCUAAUGGCUGCCUUUGGGACACCACCUGGAGACAGGGACAGCACUGAGAACCUCAGCUCUGACCGAGCCAUCAACAUCAUAGCGCCCCCUGGUGGCAGCGGGGCAGGGGUGGCAGGCUCAGGAAGUCCGGCUAAGGUGGUGUUCACAGUGGGCUCCCCAUCCAGUGGCAGCACACCGCCCCAGACAUCUCGCAACAGGAAGUACUCCGGCUCCUCCAGUUCUGUCAGCCCAGCCGGGUCCUUCACCAGCCGACACCCUCAGACGGGCCCCUAUCUGGAUGGCUUCGAGGGCUCCUCCAGCCCGCGCUACAGCUUCACAGACCCAAUCACGGCCAACAUGGGGGGCCCCGUCACCUUCGAGGCCCCCGAGCUGCCAGAGGAGACACUGAUGGAGCAGGAGCACACUGACACCCUGCAGAGGCUGCGCUUCACCCUCAGCUUCGCCCGCUGUCUGAUGGAGGUGGCUUGUUCCCGGGGAUCUGGAUCUGAGCCCGGGCCUGGGGAGGAGCAGGAGGACACCUCUCCCCCCUCACUGCUCCAGCAGCAGAGCCUGGUGGCUGACCAGAUCAGCUCCCUGAGCCGGGAGUGGAGCCAUGCAGAACAGCUGGUGUUGUACAUGAAGACGGCCGAGCUCCUGUCUUCAGCCUUACGCACGGCCAUCGGACAGGUGAAGCAGGGCAAACUCUACCCUUCUUCCACAGUCAAACAAGUGUUGAGGAGGCUCAACGAUCUCUACAAGUCCAGCGUGUCCUCGUGUCGCGUGCUCAACGCCCGGUUGGAGCGCUUCUUCUCCAGGAAGCACCGCCUCAUGGACCACAUCAACACCAUCACAGCGGAGAGGCUUCUGUUCAGCCACACUGUACAGAUGGUCCAGGCAGCUGCGCUGGACGAAAUGUUCCACCGAGGCGAGGCGUCGAUCCUCCGCUACCACAAGGCCCUGCUGCUGAUGGAAGGCUUGUCCCUGCUGCUCACCGAGCAGACUGACAUCCUCAGCGUCAGCAAGUGUAAGGAGUGUAUCGAGCGUCGCCUCGCCGCCCUGCAGUCGGGGCUGUGCGUUUGAGGAUUCUGCAGUGCACCCUGGGAUGCUUCUAUCACGAUGUCAGUCGUCAACACAGAUACCAUCGCAGUCCCCAGUUAAUCUAAUCGAACCCUCCUUCACGCCAUCUCGGUAUUCCACUCUAAUGGUCUCUGAACCGGACAUGGGACAGGUGACAAUGGUCAUGGAGGGGACAGAGACUGCAUCAGCACUGGACCAAUAUUGGAGACUUGACUGCCUCAGAGCAUUAAAGAGGACCCAUUCCCCUGGAUGGGUGUCCAUGCAGUUCUACAGCUUUAUGAAGUCUCAUACUCACAGACGACCACGUCCUGAGUGCGUCCUUUCAGCAGUCGUUGCGAAACAGACACAGCCACACAGUUCGGUCCCACCAGUGAGUACGCGCAAAGCAAUCAGUAACGAUUAGUCAUUAAUUAGGCGACUGGCUGAGAAAACUCAGUUGAGACAUUUGCGCAAGAUAUAUCCUUCUUUUAUUUGGCUUUGAGGUCAUCACAAAUUGUGUAGUUAUUUCAUUGGGAGCUUACCUUUGGAAUUCCUGAUAUUGUACAUUAAAAAAGAUGACUGAACCUGAUUGUGGCAUAAAUCUAUGAAGUCACAGAAAGUACAGUCGUUAGCUUUUAAGUUGUUUGAAACCAAAAGUAAGAUCAAUUCUAGUGACAGACCUAGAAAAGUAAUUGUUGUGGGAGUCCUUUAUCUUUCCACAUUUGGCUUGUGAUCGACUCUAUUUGCCAGAGAGAGGUCGAUGUUUCCUUCAGCCCAUUAAUAUGGAGCGAGAGAAUGAGAACGUACAGAGUGCCAUUGGACUCAAGCUACAGUACUUUGAUACAGACUGGAACUGGGCCAAUUAAAGAAUUUCACCAAAGUAUUUGAUGGAAGCCAUGUUGAAAGACUAGCUGGAAGUGCUAUUCCUUAUACAGCUUUGGAGUCAUAAGGCUUGAGAUACUGUAUAUCCCGGUCACCAUUAAUCAGCUAUGUAGGAAACAAAAUGUUAUUUUAACCAGUAUAUGCCAGGAGUGGCGCUUUGUGGUUUAGUCUGACCAAGGAAUAGUCUCCAUAUAGAGUUAUACAUUUCAGGCAUUGAUAUUUGAUUACAUAUGACAUUUUAGUUCAACUUAAAUAAUAGAUUUAGAUUCUCUGUGUCGUUUGAGUGCAGCAAUCACAAUUAGUUUGAAUGUAGGGCUGCUUGACAGAAGGAAAUCAGACCAUAGUUACGAAAUACUGAGAGCCCAGAAAUUUCUAGUGCAUCAACUGGGUAAAGCUUAACAUCUAUGAAUACAAAUAGGUGUUAUUGCAUAUAGGUUUGUUUUCUAAAGUACUGUUCAGAAAGGUCAUCGGAUGAGACUCAGAAAUGUACAUGCUGUUUUGUUCAGGAACUUAUUAGAUGGAUUUUAGCUAAUAAAAUAAUUUUAAUAGUAGUUUUGGAUGGUUCUGUUAUAUGUUGAUGUGUGAUUGAGUGUUGACAGGGAAGUGGCAUAAGCUAUUACACUUUUGAAUGGUGCCUUUUGAAGGGGAAAAACUAAAAAGCAAAUUUUGACUCAGAAAAAAACUCAUGUUGUAUUGAUUAUUAUGUGUUUGUUUCUAUGUGUUAUUUUAAAGUCAUGAAGAGUGAUGAUUGUGGUGGAUUUUUGAAGUUGUUUCUUAAUUGUAGUGGAUUGGACAUUGCAUUUUUGCCUGAUUUAAUUUUGUUAUUUGUAGUUGUUGCCCCUGACAACAUAUUUUUGAACACUUUACCCUUGUCUCCCUACCUUAACCUUAAUUCUUCUAGUGGUUAGUAGCAACAUGUAUAUCUGAAGCGUGCGUGCAUGUGUCAACUAGAGUUUGUGAUACGUAUAGACACUUUAUAAUUUGCUUAAUGGAACAGAGACACUGAUUAUCAAGCAGUGAUAUAUUCAUGAAAUCCCAAAUUCUUGGUUAAACGAAUCUAUAUUGUCAGGAAAAAUUAAGGCUCUAGUUGGAAUGUUGGUCAGUUGUAUUGUGUGUGGACCAGAAAAGAGCAAGGAAUAAGAUUGUUGUCUGUAUCUUUUGGUUUGCCUGCAAUUUGUCUCUUUUGUUUUUUAUUUAUUUUAUUUUUCCUUUUAGCGUCUGAAAGUUUUAACAGAUAUUGCAUACAGCAAAUGUCAUGUAAACAAUGUUUAGUUUGUGUUAUACAUUCCAAAUGAAUGUUAUGUCCUGUCUCUAGUUGAACGAAUCUCAUCGUAAACAUUUAUAUUGUUCAUUUGUGCACUCAAUAUAGCCUACUCAAAAUAUCUGAAUGUUGCAUAAUCACUUCACUCUAUUGCUUGUAAAUAAGGAUUGUAAACAACUGAUAUUGAGAUAUAUAUAUGUGUGUGUGUGCGCGUGUAUGUGUAGUAUGUCUAAGCAUAAGCAUGGAGAGCAUUUUCCAUAGCGCGCACCCAUCUAAAGACCAACUUUACAAACUAUCAAUUAAAUACUGUUGUCAGGUAUUAAAUGGUAGGAGAAUAUAAGUAACUACACACACUAUUUUACUGUCUGUAUGAUGUAGCUUUUGUUUUGAGAGGUAUAAAAUGAAUAAAAUUGUCGAAGAUUA